UGGGUGGGGGUCGGAGAGCGCGCAGUCCAGGUUGGCGCAGGCACCGGUCCUGGAGAACAGAGCGUUGAGUGCACGGUGGCAGCAUGGCUUCGUCUCACGGAAGAAGCGACCUGCGCUUCGCGGACUGGAUGGCAAGUUUACCACAGAGCAUGCACACCGUCCCGCUCGCCAACAUGGCAAUUCCCGGUUCUCACGAUUCCUUCAGCUUCUAUAUUGAUGAGGCAUCUCCAGUGGGUCCUGAGCAGCCAGAGACUGUGCAGAACUUUGUGUCUGUUUUUGGUACGGUAGCCAAGAAGCUAAUGAGAAAGUGGUUGGCCACGCAGACUAUGAACUUCACUAGCCAGCUGGAGGCCGGGAUCCGUUUCUUUGACCUGCGCAUCUCCACCAAGCCCCGUGACCCUGACAACGAGCUGUACUUCGCCCACGGGCUCUUCAGCGCCACGGUCCGGGAAGGUUUAGAACAGAUCAGCAGUUUCCUGUCAGGGCAUGCCAAAGAGGUCGUUUUUCUGGACUUCAAUCACUUCUACGGCGUACAGAACCUGCACCACGAAAAGCUGGUGGCCAUGCUAAAAGAGGUGUUCGGAGAGAAACUCUGCCCAGUGGUUUUUGCUCAAGAGGUGACUCUGAAGUAUCUUUGGGAGAAGGAGUACCAGGUGCUCGUCUUCUACCACCACCCCAUGGCCCUGGAGGUGCCCUUCCUGUGGCCUGGCCAGAUGAUGCCUGCUCCGUGGGCCAACACCACCGACCCAGAGAAGCUGGUUCAGUUUCUCCAGGCAUCUGUAACUGACCGCAGGAGGAAAGGGACAUUCUUUGUUUCCCAGGUGGUUCUAACGCCAAAGGCCAGUACAGUGAUGAAGGGCGUGGCCAGCGGACUGAGGGAGACAAUAACAGAAAGAGCGUUACCGGGCAUGAUGCAAUGGAUCAGAUCACAAAGACCUGGGGAGAACGGCAUCAACAUUAUUAUGGCGGAUUUCGUUGAGCUUGGUGAAUUCAUCAGUGCUGUCAUCAGCCUCAACUACCAUCACCUGAAUGAAGAUGAUGACGAUGAUGCAACCUGAGAGCCCACGGUGGGGCAUCGGAGAGCACUGUUGCCACCACCGGAUAAGGGGUGGUUGGGUCUGUGUUCUCAUCCUAUACUCUUUGGCAUUUAUUUCAGGAGGGAAGCGACAUUGCGGCUCCUUUCUCUUUAUUUAGGGCUAUAGUGGACUGAGAGAUCAGGGAGAAGAGACCAAGCUUAGGCUGGUAAAAUUACACUAAUGUUUGGUUGGAGCACUAUGAGAAUAAGGUUUAUUUCAAUUUUUGGUUUAAGACAUUUUUGUUUUCAAGAUUUGGUGGUGAUUUCAUUUACUUCCUUUGCUGUACAAAUAUCCGCUAUUUCCACAAAUCCACCGUUUUCACGUUCACCACUCAAACACAGGUUUCUUAGGGCAUAUUAAACUUCAGCUAACUUUACUUUUACAUCAGUCUUGAUAUUCUAGUGAAAAUAACAGUUCUGCCAGAGGGUGUUUUGAAUUAAUAGGUGUAACUGAAAUCCUUGGCUCGUAAAUUGUAGCUAGCUCUUGUAUGUCCUCUUUGGAAUAUCAGUCCAAAUGCAGUGUUCUUUUUUAUUUUUUAGACAUCCCCUUUCAUACCAAUGCAGGUGUUUUUCAAAAACUCCUCUUGAAGUUUGAAUUCGAAGAGUGGUUAAAAUGUGUUAUGCCAAUGUGUUUAUUCAUUACACUGAUAAGAAACAAACUAUUUCCAUAUUUGUCCUGCAGCAGUAAUCUUUCCUUGGGGUUUUAACUCAUUAACGAUGUGCACUGAAGUUGGAAUUGCAGCAGAGACAUUUAUCAGGCUGUCCUAUAGGAAGCUGGGGAUUGAUUGACUGAUUAAAACCAUGGAUUUGCUAAUUUGUAACCACACAGGAAUAGAGAGCCAGAGUGCAGCUUGGCUAACCGUGGAAAAGCAUUAAUGCUAUUAGUACAGACGUAUUUUAUCCAUCUGCAUUUGACAAUAAUUUCCCCAUUUUCACAACAAGCAUCUACUCACUCUGUUAGAAAUACACUAGAUGCACCCAUGGUGUCAUUUUUGAUGGUUAGGCAUUCAACUAUACUACUACUACAGAUGUACGUUCUACUACAUGGCUAAUUCUAAAUUCUGAUAGCCAAGUGUAAAAAAUACCUUAUAUUUGGGUACAUGAGCCAUCUGUCUUUUCUUUGCUACUAGCUUUCCCCCUUUGUGUGUUUGUUUGUGCUUUCUGCUAAACUGCAGUACGUAUGAGUCACCAUACGAUGUUGUGUCUUUCAUAAUAACAGGUGAUAAAAAUUCUUAGCAGUCACUUUGCAACCUAAUUCAAGUCAGAAAAUUGUGAACAUGAUAGUUUAGGCAGUCUAAAUGUGACCACAGUGCUUUACUUUUAGUUUAAUCUAGACACAGUACUUUACUGAAUGUGUCACAGUUUGAUGCUAAAUUAAAGUGAAUAAAAUUCAUUUUAUGUAAAUGAUUGAAAACAUAGAACUAUUAUACUUUAUAGAACCUUA